AUGUCGCAUAAAGAGGAGGCCAUUGAGAUGCAGGAGAAGGGACAUCCCAUGGAGGACGAUGAGCGAUCAGACCCGGCCGAGCCCAUUCUGCCGACCACAGAAAAGGCUCCCGAACCACCAAAGGCCGCGUUGCACCCUGCGGUAUACGUUGCAACAUGGAUCACACUCUCUUCCAGCACCAUUCUGUUCAACAAAUACAUCCUUUCCACCGCUGGGUUUCACUACCCAAUCGUCCUCACAGCAUGGCAUCUGACCUUUGCCACAAUCAUGACCCAGCUCAUGGCACGCUUCACACACAUGCUCGAUUCGCGCAAGAAGGUGCCCAUGAACGGCCACGUCUACCUCCGCAAAAUCGUGCCCAUUGGUCUGAUGUUCUCGCUCUCCCUCAUCUGCGGCAACCAAGCCUACCUCUACCUCUCCGUAUCUUUCAUUCAGAUGCUUAAGGCCACCAUGCCUGUUGUAACGCUCGUCACUGGCUGGAUCUUUGGUGUUUCCCCGCCCUCCAUGAAGACGCUCAGCAACGUGUCUUUCAUCGUGUUGGGUGUGAUCAUCGCCUCCUUUGGUGAGAUCAAGUUCGUCCUCAUCGGCUUCCUCUUCCAGUGCGCCGGCAUCAUCUUCGAAGCCACUCGCCUCGUCAUGGUGCAGCAGCUCUUGUCCGGCGCCGAAUUCAAGAUGGACCCGCUCGUCUCCCUCUACUACUUCGCCCCUGUGUGCGCCGUCAUGAACACAGUCAUCGCCCUCUUCGCUGAAGUGCCGCACCUGACACUCGCGGAGGUUUCGAACGUCGGCUACUCCGUCCUGCUUCUCAAUGGAGUCGUGGCCUUCCUUCUCAACAUCUCUGUUGUCUUCUUGAUCGGCAAAACCUCCUCCCUCGUCAUGACCCUCUGCGGCGUCCUCAAAGACAUCCUCCUCGUCCUCGCCAGCAUGCUCAUCUUCCGCGACCCCGUGACGGGCCUGCAGGCCUUCGGCUACAGCAUCGCCAUCUGCGGCCUGCUCUACUACCGUCUCGGCGCCGACCACAUGAAGGAGUACUUUGGGCACGCCAAGCGCGGCUGGGCCGACUACGGCGUGCGCCACCCCGUCUUGCGCAAGGUGACGGUGGGCUUGGUGGUGGUGUUUACCUUGCUCAUGCUGCUUACUGCGGUGUCGUCGACGGGCGUGGUGCCGGAUAGCGCGAACCCGGUGAAGUGGCUUACGCCCUUGUUGGGCAAGCUCGGUGUGUAG